AUGGCAAUUUCAAUUAUUGAUCAAUACAUACCCUACAUAACAUUCAUUUACAGACUAAGUUUUCUAAUUGGACUUUUAUCAUUAUUAUUAGCCAAGUUUAUUCUACCAGACUUCCUUCAAUAUGGUAAAACAUUAAGUUUUCAAAAGACAUCUAGCAAGAAACAUAGAGAAGAAAAAUCAAGACUGGAUAUAAUAAUUCAUUAUACAGUACCCAAAGCGUACUUCUCUCAUUUUUACAUUCUUUCAACUUUUCUUUCACUCAUAACAUGUGUCUCCUAUGCAAACUAUGCUUUGCCUUGGUUAAUUCUAUUUCACUCAUUACGAAGAUUAUAUGAGACACUGUACGUAAGCAAAUAUACUAGUAAAUCAAGGAUGAACUGGUCACAUUACAUUGUAGGUAUCUGGUUUUAUUCGGUUUUGCAUAUAAUAUUAAAUAUCAAACUGAAAAAAGGUGAAAUACCGAAUGAUUUACACAAAUGGUCAGCUACCCUAUUUAUUAUUUCAUCAUGGGAUCAAUACAUGAACCAUAAAGUUCUUUCCCGAUUAGUGAAAUAUUCUUUACCAAAAGCCAGAUUAUUUAAACUGACAUCUUCUCCACAUUAUUUAGAUGAACUAUUAAUAUACGGUUCAUUGAUAUCGUAUAAUACUGAAUUUUUAUGGCUUACCGUUUGGAUAUUUACCAGUCUCUCCAUAUCUGCCGUCGAAACUCAGAAAUAUUAUAAGAUUAAAUUUCCUAAGGAACAAAUAGCACCUUACGCAUAUAUACCUUUUCUCAUCUAA